CACCCGGAGACCACGGGGACGCGGGCUGGACCCCGAGGUGCGCCAGACCCCUCCGAGCGGCAGUUUUAUACUAGAAGAGCACAACCAUGUUUCGGAAUAGUCUCAAGAUGCUUCUUACUGGUGGUAAAUCAAGUCGUAAAAACAGGUCAAGUGAUGGAGGAAGCGAGGAACCAUCGGAUCGAAGACAGUCAAGUGUAGAUUCUCGCCAAAGCCGCUCUGGGCAAGGUGGCAUCUCCACAGAAAGCGAUUGUGCUUUUGAGCCAGACUAUGCUGUUCCACCACUUCCAGUGAGUGAAGAUGAUGCUGAGCAGGAACUUGGCCCCCCUCCAUCUGUAGAUGAGGCUGCAAACACACUCAUGACGCGCCUGGGUUUCCUCCUUGGUGAGAAAGUCACAGAGGUUCAGCCAGGUGACCAGUACGGGAUGGAGGUGCAGGAUGAAAAUCAGACUUCAGCAAUUACCCAGAGAAUAAGUCCCUGCUCCACCCUGACUAGCAGCACUGCCUCUCCACCAGCAAGUAGCCCCUGUUCUACCCUCCCACCAGUCAGUACAAAUGCAACUGCCAAGGACUGUAGUUAUGGGGCUGUUACCAGUCCAACUUCCACCCUUGAAAGCAGAGACAGUGGAAUCAUUGCUACACUGACAAGCUAUUCUGAAAAUGUUGAACGCACAAAAUAUGUUGGAGAAAGCAAUAAAGAAUUAGGAUCUGGAGGAAACCUAAAACCUUGGCAGUCUCAAAAAUCUAGCAUGGACUCUUGUCUAUAUCGAGUAGAUGAAAACAUGACUGCCUCCACAUAUAGUCUGAACAAGAUCCCAGAGAGAAAUUUGGAAACGGUUUUAUCUCAGUCUGUACAAUCUAUUCCUUUGUAUCUCAUGCCACGGCCAAAUUCAGUAGCAGCCACCAGCUCUGCCCACCUAGAGGACCUUGCUUACUUGGAUGAACAGAGACACACACCUCUAAGGACUUCUCUUCGAAUGCCAAGACAGAGUAUGGGUGGUGUACGCACACAGCAGGAUUUAAGAGAUGUGGAUGCCAACAGAGAGCUGCCACUGACACAGCCACCUUCAGCCCACUCAUCUAUCACCAGUGGAAGCUGCCCAGGUACUCCAGAAAUGCGCAGGCGGCAAGAAGAGGCAAUGCGAAGACUAGCCUCACAGGUGGUUGCCUAUCAUUAUUGCCAAGCAGAUAAUGCCUACACCUGCCUAGUCCCAGAAUUUGUCCACAAUGUUGCUGCUUUGCUCUGCCGCUCACCUCAACUGACUGCUUAUCGGGAGCAACUUCUACGAGAGCCUCAUCUGCAGAGCAUGCUGAGCCUUCGGUCCUGUGUUCAAGACCCCAUGGCCUCCUUCCGAAGAGGAGUCCUGGAGCCCCUGGAGAAUCUCCACAAAGAGAGAAAAAUCCCAGAUGAAGAUUUCAUCAUUUUAAUUGAUGGAUUAAAUGAAGCAGAAUUUCACAAACCGGAUUAUGGGGAUACAAUUGUAUCAUUUCUGAGUAAAAUGAUAGGAAAAUUUCCUUCUUGGCUCAAACUAAUUGUAACAGUUAGGACAAGUUUACAGGAAAUUACCAAGUUGCUGCCUUUCCAUAGGAUAUUUUUGGAUCGACUAGAAGAGAAUGAAGCCAUAGACCAGGACCUGCAGGCUUACAUCUUGCACCGGAUACACAGCAGCUCAGAGAUCCAGAAUAACAUUUCACUUAAUGGCAAAAUGGACAAUACUACAUUUGGCAAACUCAGUUCUCAUCUCAAGACUCUCAGUCAAGGGUCCUAUCUAUACCUGAAACUCACAUUUGACCUCAUAGAGAAAGGUUAUCUAGUAUUAAAGAGUUCUAGCUACAAAGUAGUUCCUGUUUCACUCUCAGAGGUUUAUUUACUCCAAUGCAAUAUGAAGUUCCCAACCCAGUCUUCCUUUGACCGGGUGAUGCCUCUCCUGAAUGUGGCAGUGGCCUCUCUCCACCCACUGACUGAUGAGCAUAUCUUUCAGGCCAUCAAUGCUGGUAGCAUUGAGGGCACACUAGAAUGGGAAGAUUUUCAACAGAGAAUGGAGAACCUAUCUAUGUUCCUAAUCAAGCGCAGAGACAUGACUCGUAUGUUUGUUCAUCCUUCUUUUCGAGAAUGGCUUAUCUGGAGAGAAGAAGGAGAGAAAACCAAAUUUCUCUGUGAUCCCAGGAGUGGUCACACAUUACUUGCCUUCUGGUUUUCCCGCCAAGAGGGAAAACUAAAUCGACAACAGACUAUUGAACUGGGACAUCAUAUCCUCAAAGCUCACAUCUUUAAGGGUUUGAGUAAAAAAGUUGGUGUAUCAUCUUCCAUUCUCCAAGGUCUCUGGAUCUCCUAUAGCACAGAAGGUCUUUCUAUGGCAUUGGCAUCUUUACGAAAUCUCUACACUCCAAAUAUAAAGGUCAGCCGACUGUUGAUUUUGGGAGGUGCUAAUAUUAAUUACCGGACAGAGGUUUUAAAUAAUGCCCCAAUCCUGUGUGUCCAGUCUCAUCUUGGUUAUACAGAAAUGGUGGCCCUGCUUUUGGAGUUUGGGGCCAAUGUGGAUGCUUCUUCUGAAAGUGGCCUGACUCCUCUGGGAUAUGCUGCAGCGGCAGGGUUCCUGAGUAUUGUGAUGCUGCUGUGCAAGAAACGGGCCAAGGUGGAUCAUUUAGAUAAGAAUGGGCAGUGUGCUUUGGUUCAUGCAGCACUCCGAGGUCAUCUGGAGGUUGUCAAGUUUCUGAUUCAGUGUGACUGGACAAUGGCUGGCCAGCAGCAAGGAGUGUUUAAGAAGAGCCAUGCCAUCCAGCAGGCCCUCAUUGCUGCAGCCAGCAUGGGUUACACUGAGAUUGUGUCCUACCUACUUGAUCUUCCAGAAAAAGAUGAAGAGGAGGUAGAGCGAGCACAGAUCAACAGCUUUGACAGUCUCUGGGGAGAGACAGCUCUGACCGCUGCAGCCGGAAGAGGCAAGUUGGAGGUAUGCCGUCUACUCUUGGAGCAAGGGGCAGCAGUGGCUCAGCCAAACCGCCGAGGGGCAGUGCCCCUAUUCAGCACUGUUCGCCAGGGCCACUGGCAGAUUGUUGAUCUUCUACUUACUCAUGGAGCUGAUGUCAACAUGGCAGACAAGCAGGGUCGUACCCCCCUGAUGAUGGCUGCUUCUGAAGGCCAUCUAGGAACUGUGGAUUUUCUACUUGCACAAGGGGCCUCCAUUGCUCUAAUGGACAAAGAAGGAUUGACAGCCCUAAGCUGGGCUUGCUUGAAGGGUCAUCUGUCAGUAGUUCGUUCUCUGGUAGAUAAUGGAGCUGCCACAGAUCAUGCUGACAAAAAUGGCCGCACCCCACUGGACCUGGCAGCCUUCUAUGGUGAUGCUGAGGUGGUCCAGUUCCUGGUGGAUCAUGGGGCCAUGAUUGAGCAUGUUGACUACAGUGGGAUGCGCCCUUUGGAUAGGGCAGUGGGGUGCCGGAACACUUCUGUUGUGGUCACUCUCCUGAAGAAAGGAGCCAAAAUAGGUCCAGCCACAUGGGCGAUGGCCACCUCCAAACCAGACAUCAUGAUAAUCCUGUUGAGCAAGCUGAUGGAAGAGGGGGACAUGUUUUAUAAGGAUUUUGGAAUGGCGGAGGAAUUUGCUACUAAGGCCCUGGAGCUGAAACCGAAAUCUUAUGAAGCUUACUAUGCAAGAGCAAGGGCAAAACGCAGCAGCAGACAGUUUGCAGCAGCUUUAGAGGAUCUGAACGAGGCCAUCAAGCUGUGUCCAAACAACCGUGAAAUCCAGAGACUCCUGAUAAGAGUGGAGGAGGAGUGUAGACAGAUGCAGCAGCAGCAGCAGCAGCCACCACCACCAUCACAGCAGCCUCAGCAGGACUUACCUGAAGAAACAGAGCCUGAACCACAACAUGAAGAUAUAUACUCUGUCCAAGACAUAUUUGAGGAGGAGUACCUGGAACAGGAUGCUGAGAAUGUUUCCAUUGGCCUCCAGACAGAGGCUCGACCCAGCCAGGGGCUGCCAAUAAUCCAGAGCCCACCCUCCUCUCCAGCUCAUCGGGAUUCAGCCUACAUCUCUAGUUCACCUCUUGGCUCUCAUCAGGUUUUUGACUUCCGGUCCAAUAGUUCUGUAGGUUCCCCUACUAGGCAGGGAUAUCAGUCCACCUCGCCUGCUCUUUCUCCAACUCACCAGAACUCUCACUACAGGCCUAGUCCACCACAUACUUCCCCAGCUCAUCAGGGUGGAUCUUACCGUUUCAGCCCCCCUCCUGUGGGAGGGCAGAGCAAAGAAUACCCAAGCCCUCCCCCUUCCCCUCUCCGGAGAGGCCCUCAGUAUCGGGCUAGCCCUCCAGCUGAGAGCAUGAGUGUCUAUAGAUCCCAGUCGGGUUCACCCGUGCGCUAUCAGCAAGAAACAAAUGUUAGUCAGCUUCCUGGCAGACCAAAAUCUCCAUUAUCCAAAAUGGCCCAGCGGCCAUACCAGAUGCCUCAGCUUCCUGUAGCAGUUCCCCAGCAAGGGCUCAGGCUGCAGCCCGCCAAGGCCCAGAUUGUGAGAAGUAACCAGCCCAGCUCAGCAGUUCAUUCAAGCACUGUCAUCCCUACAGGGGCCUAUGGCCAAGUAGCCCAUUCCAUGGCCAGUAAAUACCAGUCUUCACAAGGAGAUAUGGGAGUAAGUCAGAGCCGGUUGGUUUAUCAAGGGUCAAUAGGGGGAAUCGUAGGGGAUGGGAGACCUGUGCAGCAUGUCCAAGCCAGCCUGAGUGCGGGUGCCAUCUGUCAACAUGGAGGGUUGACCAAAGAAGACCUUCCACAGCGACCUUCCUCUGCAUAUCGAGGUGGCAUGAGAUACAGCCAGACACCACAGAUUGGGAGAAGCCAGUCCGCAUCCUAUUACCCAGUCUGUCACUCAAAACUAGAUCUGGAACGCUCCUCCAGCCAACUAGGUUCCCCUGAUGUGUCUCAUUUAAUCAGAAGACCUAUAAGUGUCAACCCUAGUGAAAUCAAGCCCCACCCACCAACCCCCAGGCCAUUGCUACACUCCCAGAGUGUGGGCCUUCGCUUUUCUCCAUCUAGCAAUAGCAUCUCCUCCACCUCCAACCUAACUCCUACUUUCCGGCCUUCGUCCUCAAUUCAACAAAUGGAGAUCCCACUGAAACCGGCAUAUGAUAGGUCAUGUGACGAGUUGUCACCCGUGUCUCCCACUCAGGGAGGUUACCCCAGUGAGCCCACCCGAUCCAGGACCACACCAUUCAUGGGGAUCAUAGAUAAAACAGCCCGGACUCAACAAUACCCCCACCUUCACCAGCAGAAUCGGACCUGGGCAGUGUCAUCAGUCGAUACCGUUCUCAGUCCCACGUCUCCAGGCAACCUGCCUCAACCCGAGUCCUUCAGUCCACCGUCAUCCAUCAGUAACAUUGCCUUUUAUAACAAAACCAACAAUGCACAAAAUGGCCAUUUGCUGGAGGACGAUUAUUACAGCCCACAUGGGAUGCUGGCUAAUGGGUCCCGUGGAGACCUCUUGGAGAGAGUCAGCCAGGCCUCCUCCUAUCCUGAUGUGAAGGUUGCUCGGACCCUACCUGUGGCUCAGGCAUACCAGGACAACCUGUACAGGCAAUUGUCCCGGGACUCGCGACAAGGGCAGACAUCGCCUAUCAAACCAAAGAGACCAUUUGUGGAGUCUAAUGUUUAAAAGACAUUUGUUGGAGUGAGACCCGUAUGUUUUCACUGCACACAUUUUCAGGCUUGGUUUCCACAUUUGAGGUAGUUCUCUGGCUUAAUUUCUCAUGUAGUUUCUGUGUGGUGUUCAGAGGUGGCAGCCCACAUGCUGAAAUCCUUUGCAUGCAGCCGACUGGGAAGCUGGCCUCAGUGAGCCAGGACUUCAGUUUCUCUUGUCUGUGCCCUAGCCACAUGCUCUCUCCCUCCCUCUCUUCCAAUGCCAACGAGGAGAUUUUUGUGCCGUGUGCUUUAACCCAGGGAGAUCAGACACACUGGUCAGCUUUUUCCAGGAGACAAUCGCUUUCAUUGAUGUUCUUGUUGUAUAAAUGUCUUUUUCUUUUUCUAAAAAGUAAGAUGUUCUUGUUCGUUUUCUUCUAGGAACUUUAGAAAGAGUGUGAUGCCCCUUUGCCUUUGCAUUCUUAUCCAGUGUUACCAGAUAGCCAACCCCAGUGCAUUCCUGUGUCAUGGCCUCCUCCCGCUCACCGCAAGCUCCCCGCAGUCAUCAGGUCCAGAAGGUUGAUUUGCACUGCUGCUGGCCUUCCUAUGGGGCAAAAGGAUCUAGGAGAGAGAGAAGAAAAAGAAGAACUAAGUCUGUUAAAUGGAAAGAAAACCCCAGUAUAGCUAUUUGAAAUGUCACUCCAUUGAUUUUCCAAGAGGCAUUUUAAGACCAUUUAGAAAACAACCAGCCCUUUAAAAAUGUUGGUCAGCCAAGUAAAGUCAGUGAGAACUCUGGGUAUUUUUAAAUAAUUCACUAAGAAUUUUUCUGCAUGUUUUUAACAGCUAACCCCUAAAACCUACUGAUUUUCUAGGGGUAGAGAAGGGAACCGAUACAUAGAAAGACAGAAGGGAAAAAAAGAUAGGAGUUUUCUGUAUCUCAGUUGAAAGGCUACAGAAACUGGAAUAAGUCUCCUUUUUAGAUCAGGAAACAUCAUUGAAUACCAGAUUCUUCAAAACAAACUGUUCCAAUGGCCGCUGAUGCAGUAACCCUGUUAGCUGCAUCUUCACUGGAAUCCAGCUCUGUUCUGCUGGCCCUUUUUUUUUUCCAAACCCAGCUGUGAAGAAAGUUGUUCUUCAGGAAGCUAACUGGAUGCUCUCGGGACCGUAAGACAUUCCCCAGCGUUUCCAUCUAGGGCCAUUCCCUUCCAUGCCAGUUGUUACCUAAUUCCAUAUGUAGACCUAGAGUUUCAUUGUCUACUAUCAAAGAAAUCGUGUCUUGUUGUAGGAGCACUGGGGUGAUACUUGAAUAUGAGAAACAACAAAGUGUUCAGGAGCAACGACAAACCCCUUUCAGUUCUGUUUUGUAGCUGGGGGUAGGGGCACAAGACAGACAAUAGGUCUCUUCUCCCAUCACUGUCUAUACAUCUGGGUCUUACAGUUGUUUGUUAAUCUAACAUUUGAGAGACUGAGGCCACUAAGAGAUGGAUAGCAAAAUUGCAGAAACCAAAGCCUUAGCAUGUUCCUGGCACUAACUGGCCAUAAGCUCUUAAAACUAAGCAUCUCAAGCCAACAAACAGCUAAAACUAAACAAAGGAACAUUAUUUGUCUUCUGUUUUUAGGAAUCAUUCUGCUCUUGUAAAUAAAGGGCUACAGAAAGAGCAGUUCCCUGAGUAAAAUCCAGCUUUUGACUACUCCUUUCCACGUUCUCUGAAAGGAACAAAGCUGAGACCAGAAAUGUUUCUUUACUAAUUUAGAUUCUAUCAAGUAGAUGGACCCCACCCCUCAGCGUCCCCAAGCCUAAAGCAGAGCAGGACUCAACUGAACCAGACACUUUGCGCUCUGAUGUAUAAGGAUUGCCUCCUACUCCAACACCAUUGUGAGCAUCAGUGGCCUCGACCUACCUACCCAUCCACCCAUUUAUCCAUCCAUCUAUCUGUAUCAUGUCUUUUCAUCUCCCACAUCAGCAAGAUGAUAGAUUUAGCUGUAGUAUUAACCUGUAGAGCUUCGAACCCACUUGAGGCUUCUCAGCUCCCCUUCUGCCCAAGGCCUCAGCCCUGUUGGUCUCUCAGUAUCUUAUCCCUUUCAAACCAUCUCCCAGUGGGGCACUGCUAUAUUCUAAAGAACUUCUGUCUACUAGAAAAGGGUCCCUACCUGUCUAGAGCGUCAUGCACGCCACUUACUUCUCCAAGUAGUUUGGGAAGGUCAUUUGGUCUUACAAUGACGCCACUGAUAUCACUCCUCUACAGGGUCUCUCUUUGGGUUUUCCAAGAAAAAAAAUGAGAUUUAUUAUCUCCACCUCACUGCGCAAAACACCUAAAAUAUCAGCAGUCAAAUGUGAUUCUUUUUUAGCCAUCAUAAGAGAGUGAAUAUCAUGACUGGGUGCCAGUGUUCUUGACUAGAAAACGCCAGCAGGAGCUUCCUGGGGCAGGAGACCAGAGUCUUCUUUUGGGAGCCGACUGCCUGUGCCCUGUUUUGCUACUUCACUGCCAUAGGACGAUCUUAGUACUGUAUUUUAGAGACGCCCCUUCCCUAGCAACAGGCAUCUGCCAAAUCAAUGUCUGGCUUUGGGUGGGAGGAAAAUUUUUCAAAUGAAACUGGCAAGUUCUGCUCACCCAACUCAUAUCAUCCGGAAAUGGAAACUGGUGAUAAACUUCAGCUUACAGGUUUCUCACCAAAAUGUGUGUUCCGUUUCUCAGAAUUCUUGCACUAGUGGGUUUCCAUCACAUCAUGUCUAAAAAAUGGGUGCACUUUACUGUUUGAAUUUGUAACUGAUAAAUACUGGAUAUUUAAGUGUGAGUAGUGUCUUCAUUAGAAAUUAGCAGAAUCGCUCUUGUCUUAGUGUAUUUUUGAGGGAAAAAAAAA